AUGAACACACUCUCCCCGUGCUCAGUCUGGGGAAACCCUGACGCACCGAAACGCGCGCUGCUGGUGCAUGGAUUUACUUGCACCUCACAGAUUUGGUGCCAUGUUGCACAACUUCUUGUCGAGCAAGGCUAUUACGUGGUGGCACCCGAGCUCCCUGGGCAUGGUAUUGGCCCACGCGCUUCGGAGUAUUCAUUUGACGCACUUGUUAAAGCCCUCAUACCAUACGUCUCCCAUGCAUGUCCGGACCUUAUCAUUGGACAUUCGCUCGGCGGGCUCAUUACGCUCGGACUCAUCCACCAUAUCUCUGCAGAGUCACGAGCUGUGCAUGUUGUCAUCGUUGAUCCGCCUUUAGACCUCACGUCGGAGCAAUUGAACUUCUAUAGAGUGUUAUUCACGACUGCAGUCAGAGAGCCGCCGGGAACUGAGGCGUAUACGAAGAUGUUCCCGACGUGGAAGAUCAGCGAUGCUGCGUGGAAAGCAUUUGGCGACGAGCUCUGCGAUCCUGAUUUAGUUGAUGCAUUGUUCGACCAACAUUGCCCCUGGAAUUUCAAGCAUCUUCUCAAGCAGGCGCCACCAGAAAACGUCAGGCUGACGAUACUCGCCGGCGAUCUCGACAACGGUGCCGUUUACUACAGCGGACAAUCAGCUGAGUUCGCGCACGUUACGGCAAUGUCAGUGAAGGGCGUAUCACACUGGAUCCCACUCGAGCAUCCAAAGGCCAUCGUUGAUGUCGCUCUUACCCCUCUGUCUCUAGCUACGAGAGAGAAACUUGAUGAACGGGUCGUAAUAGACAAGGUAUCUAAUGUUACCAAUCAAAAGGACUUGACGUGCGCUUCCCCUUAG